AUGACAGAUUAUGCUCAUCUUCCAAGUGACAUGUUGCAAGAGAUAAUAAAGUAUUUCUCAUUUUCAGACUAUAUUCGAUUUAGUACAGUGUGUUCACACUGGUAUGAUGUGGCAAAAGAAAGACGUCACUCUCUUCGAAAACAACUUCCUUGGCUAAUUUUUUUUUAUGCUGAUUCCCCAAAGUUCUUUGACCCACUAGAGGAGAAAGUGUACCAAAUAGAAAUACCUGAGCUACGCAAGAGACAUUGCGCCGGUUCUUCACAUGGAUGGUUGAUUACAAUAGAUUUAGAUCUCACUAUAAAUUUGUUGAAUCUUUUUUCCAAAGCUCAAAUCAAGUUGCCAUCGCUGGCAUAUGAUGCUUAUGAUGUUCGGGCUAAAGAUUAUUACGAAUGCUUUUGGUCGAAAAGUCCUGAAGAAAAGCCAUUUUGGAGGUCAAGUGAUUUGACAUGGACUGUGAUAAACAUCGAUUUUUUUCUUCAAGAUGUCAUAUGGUAUGAUGGAGCAUUUUAUGUUGUUGGAUCGGAGAGUCAAUUAUAUCGGAUCGAAAUUGGUAUGGAUAACAAAAGAAUUUACGUCGGCAAAAUAUAUGAGAGUGAGUCUGAUGCAGAGAAUGAUCCUGAUUGGAAUGGCUUAGGUUCUUUAAAUACAGUCAAUUUCAUGGUAUUUAAGUUGGAUCAAGAGGAGAAUAAAUUUAUCGAAUUACAAAGUAUAAAUGGCCAUUGUUUGUUUUUGGGCUUUAAUCAUGCUAUGGUGAUUCCAACAACCGUUAUGGAGGAUAAAAUAAAAGAUAAUAUUAUUUAUUUCACUGAUGGGCACAGUGAUGAAGAUGAUCUACAUCAUUUAUAUGGAUAUAAUGAUUCAGGAGAUGUUUUUGGAGCCUGUUUGCCGACAGUUGGGGCCAAGACUGGACGGCCUGGAAUCCCGUUGAAUCAGCCUAUGACUGUUGACAGGGGCAGGUAUCCAGGCAGUAAGGCUGGGCCCGAUGGCUGUGGGGUUUGCUGUUCAGACUUUGACGGUCCAGCCAUGAAGGAGAGAUGUUCUCAGUUUGUUACCUGGAGGAUGCAG